ACCUCUUAACGUUCUACUUCUCAUCCAUCAAACAAUCCUCUCAAACCAGAGAAAAGAAAAAACUAAAGCAUUCUAAGAAUCUUCAAGAAAAAUGGCGGAUACACAGAUAACUCCACAACAAGUAACCAACGACGACGAACAACUGGCUCUCUUCGCCAUGCAGCUAGCCAGCGCCUCCGUUCUUCUUCCGAUGGUUUUAAAAACGGCGUUAAACCUUGAUCUUCUCGAGAUCAUGGCCAAGAACUCUUCUCCGAUGUCUCCGUCUGAGAUUACUUCUCAACUUUCGAUCGAAAACCCCAACGCUCCGGUCAUGCUCGACCGUAUUCUCCGUCUUUUGACGUCUUACUCCAUCCUCAUCUGCUCCGGCGGAGACGGCGUCGAGAGGACUUACGAGCUUGGUCCGGUUUGCAAGUAUUUGACUAAGAACGAAGACGGUGUCUCUAUUGCUGCUCUUUGUCUUAUGAACCAAGACGAGGUUCUCAUGCAAAGCUGGUACCAUUUGAAAGAUGCAAUUCUUAAUGAUGGGAUUCCAUUCAACAAGGUUCAUAAUGAAAUGACCUCUUUCGAUUACCACGAGACGGACCAUAAGUUCAACAUGGUCUUCAACAAUGGAAUGUCUAAUCAUUCAACCAUCACCAUGAAAAAGAUUCUCGAGACCUAUAAGGGUUUUGAGGAAUUGACGUCUUUGGUUGAUGUUGGUGGUGGCAUUGGUGCUACUCUCAAAGUGAUUCUCUCUAAAUACCCUAACCUUAAGGGCAUCAACUCUGAUCUCCUUCAUGUCAUCAAAAAUGCUACUCCCCAUGAUGAGCAGAGCCUGUGACGAUUCUCCAUCAUCGAGCUUCAUGAGUUCUUCGAUUCUUCAAAUCCUUCGUCUCUUCAUCGAAGAUCUGAUUGUGUUCGAGCUCGAGAUCGUCUUCUCCGUCUACUUCCUUUCGGCUUUGCUUCUUCUCCUUUGUUAAAGCUCUCUGCUUUUCUUGAUUUCACUCCGAUUCUUGUGAAAUCAACUACGCUGCGUCAUUUCUCCGAUCGUCAUCGCGAUGAGUUCACCUUCUUCAACUCGUCACCUCGAUCACUACGAAAAUCCAUACUACCUUCAUAGCUCGGAUCAUGCCGGUCUCGUCCUUGUUUCCGAUCGCCUCAACACCGGUGCAGAGUUCCAUUCAUGGCGACGCUCGGUUCGUAUGGCUCUCAACGUCAGGAAUAAACUUGGAUUCAUCGAUGGUACGAUUCCUAAACCGCCUGAUAAUCAUCGAGACUCGGGAUCUUGGUCACGUUACAAUGAUAUGGUAGCUACAUGGUUAAUGAACUCUGUAUCCAAGAAGAUAGGUCAGAGCUUAUUGUUUGUGUCCACCGCUGAAUCGAUUUGAAAGAAUAUUCUCUCCAGAUUCAAACAAGAUGAUGCUCCGCGCGUUUAUGAAAUU